AUGUACGAGCAGAAAUGGCAGGCCAAACAGAAAACCAGAGGCUAUCACGGAGAGUUUUUACCUGAAAAGAGAUGGCUGACGCUGUUUGAGAAACAUCUGGACGGUGUUGCCCAGCUGGACGCCUCGUUAAGCGGAAAAUAUAACCAACAUACCCCGAUGGUGCUGCAAACGUUUGCCGUUUUGGAAAAACGUCUUGAUGUGGCUGUUUUCCGUGCCCUGAUGGCCUCCUCUGUCAGACAAGCCAGACAGUUCAUCUUGAAAGGCUUUGUCUAUGUGAACGGUGUUCAGAUGAAACAUCCGUCCUUCCCACUUAGUCCAGGCGACGUGUUUAAUGUGGAUCCAGAGAGAGUUUUGGAAGCCAUGGGAGAAAGAAAGCCCAGCUUGAAGGAGGCGUACAAAGUUGACAGGGAGCAGGUGAUCCAAUGGCAGCUGUUUGUGAACCGUGCCAAGGCCGAUCCACUCAAUGUUUGGACCAAACAGCAACAGAAACAGAGAGAUAUGCAGGAGUUGUAUUCUGGCUACUACAAUCCAGACCUGCCAUCAGAGAACGAGUCUUCGUCCCGAUUUGGCGGCCGUCAGGAGUCCAAGCUUGCGGACUUGCGCGAGAAGCUCAACAGCAUCUCCAGAAGAUCGUUGUUGCUCGACAUUGUCAACUUGGCCAAAGGUAAGGAGACUGUGGACGAGACGACGUUUGAGCCUCAAUUUGGCGCGAACUUGGCCUUGAAAAGCCUGGAGAUCUACUCUGCCAUCAGAUCAAACAAACAGCUGUUUGAAGGGUCCGAAGAACAAGUGACCGAGGAGUUGUUCAAGAUCUUGCCCGAAUACAAAGACGGCCAGGUUCAGGGCAAGUCCUACGACGAUACCAAAACGAAAAAGGUCAGGAAAUCCCUCACAGAGCUUAAGACCGCGUACUUGGAGUACGUGAGAAAGAACCACCAACAAGCACUGCCGUCCGAGAACGAGGUGGUGAACCAAUGGAGCAGAAAACUAACCAAACACCCUAAACUGCCCUCGUGGUCGGAAAUUCAAGAAAAGGGCUUCUACGAGAUGGCUCUGCCAUGGCAAAAGACCAUGUGGGGACUCGCAGACCCAAAGAAACCGUACUUCACCCCAUGGAGACCGCGGCAGUUUAUUGCUCCGUUUGCCAUAUUACCUAAGCACAUCGAGAUCUCGUUCGAUACCUGUCAUGCUGUCUAUGUCAGAAACCCGGUUGCAAGACCAGGCGAGUCCGAGGUCAUCAGUCCGUUCGGCCAGGAAAUCCAUGAGAGAGCAUACAUGUAUUAUUCGAGAAAGGGUCUGUAA